UACCCUUAACUCUUUCAAUAAAGAAAAAGAUAAAUAAAUCGCCAUCUCAAAUACUCCACUUCUCUUAAAAAGAAGACCAUAAUUCAUUCUAUUCGAGUCACCCCCACCCCACCACCACUCACUCUCCAUCCAAUUUUCUACUAAUUCCCAUUUCACCCUUCCUAAUUAACUUAACUACAAUCCAAAUUUGUUCCCACCAUCGUCAUUAAAAACACGUUACAUGCAAUAUUGAUAUACCUUUGUGUGCAACAACAACUAGAUUAUUGAUGUGGGUCUCAUACAUCUUAAAUGGAUACGUUGUUUAGACUUGUCAGUUUUCAACCCCAACACCAACCUCAUCAAUCUCUCAACUCCACAACAACAACAACAACAACAUCUAGUAGCUCUCGAUCCUCCAAACAAAACUAUCACCAAUAUUACCCUCAACAACAACAAGAAGAAUGCUUCAACUUUUUCAUGGAUGAAGAAGACCUUUCCUCAUCUUCUUCCAAACACUACUAUCCUUAUAAUCAACAACCACAAACUUCAAUCACUACUAACACCUCCACUCCUACACCCACACCCCCACCACCUCCACCAACUGAUCAUUUCAACUUCGAAUUAACCGGAAAGUGGUCCCACAACAUCCUCCUCGAAACCGCACGUGCCAUAGCAGAAAAAAACAGCAAUCGUUUACAACAACUCAUGUGGAUGCUUAACGAACUAAGCUCCCCCUACGGCGACACGGAACAAAAACUCGGCGCGUAUUUUCUCCAAGCUUUAUUCUCUCGAAUGACCGAAGCCGGUACCCGAACCUUCAGAACCCUAGCUUCGGCUUCGGAGAAAACUUGCUCGUUCGAAUCAACGCGAAAAACGGUUUUGAAAUUUCAAGAAGUUAGUCCAUGGACAACUUUCGGCCAUGUAGCUUGCAAUGGCGCAAUUUUAGAAGCCUUAGAAGGAGAUUCCAAGUUGCAUAUAAUUGAUAUAAGUAAUACUUACUGCACUCAAUGGCCUACGCUUUUCGAAGCGUUGGCCACUCGAACCGACGAUACUCCGCACCUCCGUUUAACCACUGUUGUAACCGCAAGUGGUUCAGUUCAAAAGGUCAUGAAGGAAAUUGGUGCAAGAUUGGAGAAAUUCGCUAGACUUAUGGGAGUUCCGUUUAAAUUCAACGUUAUUCAUCAUGCCGGCGAUCUUUCCGAUUUGGAUUUUUCCGGUUUGGAUAUUAAGGAUGAUGAAGCGUUGGCGGUUAAUUGUGUCAAUACUCUGCAUUCGAUAAGCGUUGGUAAUGGUAAUGGUAACGGUAACGGUAACCGUAACCAUAACCGUCGAGACGCGUUGAUAGGUUCGUUGAUGAGGUUGCGUCCUAGGAUAGUUACGGUGGUGGAAGAGGAAGCUGAGUUGGAUUUUGGUUUCGAAGGAUUUGAAUUUGUGAGAGGUUUUGAAGAGUGUUUGAGAUGGUUUAGGGUUUAUUUCGAGGCGUUGGAAGAGAGUUUCCCGAAGACGAGUAACGAGCGUUUGAUGCUGGAGAGGGAAGCGGGGAGAGGGAUAGUUGAUUUGGUGGCGUGUGCUCCGUCGGAGUCGAUGGAACGGAGAGAGACCGCGGUGAGGUGGUCGCAGCGUUUGCAUGGUGGAGGGUUUAAUACGGUGGCGUUUAGUGAUGAAGUUAGUGACGAUGUGAGAGCGUUGUUGAGAAGGUAUAAGGAAGGGUGGUCGAUGACGCCGUGUAGCGACGCCGGAAUAUUUCUGACGUGGAAGGAACAACCGGUGGUGUGGGCCAGUGCAUGGAGGCCUUGACGCUCGCACGUGUUUAUAGUUCUUUUAGCACGUGCGUAACUGGAAACUUGGUUUUUUUUUCGCUUAGUAUUGGGAUUUAUUUUUCAGAGUUUGGUUAGUAAUACCAAAGCAAUUUGCAUGUAUUGAUUAAUGAAAAAGGAAUCAUAACCUAAUUUACUCU